AUGUCUUUAGAUGAAGAAGCUUCAUCAUCUUCUUCUUCGUUCCAUCAACAAGCAACAACAACAAACACUUUUGUUGCUCCGACAGCCACUCAAUCCAUCUAUGAUCAAAUUAUUGCAGCGAAUACUUCACCCUAUACAAUUUAUUUCCGACAAAUGUUUAUGAGUUUUCCAUUCUUGAUGAGUUUAUUACUUUUUAUUUAUUAUUAUGCACACGUGAAUGGAAUGUUUGAUGAAGUGAGAGUUUAUAUGAGUUCUAAAUUAAGAAAUUUAACACAUGUCAUGAGGAUGUCAAGUGUAGAAGAUGAUGACUAUUAUGAUGAAAAAGAAGGAGAUGAUCAUGAGACAAAUCAAAACGAAACAAAGCAUAUUCCGUUGAGUGAAAUUUGUAAACUCUCUCCUUCACUCAAUGGAACUGCAGUCACAAAAUUGAGUGAUAAUUAUUUACAAGCUUUCAAAGAUGAUUCAGAAAAGAAGAAAAUUGUGGAAGAAGCCAAAUUGAAAAUUGAAAACACUCCUUGGGCCUUGUCAACCAUAUUCUUUGGCCCUUCUGCUUUCAAUGAAAUGUCACUUUACAGAUAUCCAAUGUUUUUCGGAUUUUCUGGAAUGGCACAGACAAUGCUUGCUAGAGUUGUGAAAGGAAAUAGAUUUUCAAGGCUGUUAGGCUUUGGAAAAUUGACAAGUGACAACAUUUCUCAUUACUACGAGAAGGAAGGUUGGAAGCAUGAAAAAGUGACCAUUUCUAGUAAUGGACAAACAUAUUAUUUUGAUGUAUUACAGAAAUCAAGCUCCAACUCUUCUGAUUGCACAUUUUCAACCCUUCUAUUGGUGCCAGAUAUUGAUGGAUGUCUGGGAGAAAAUUCUUACUAUUUAGAUUCCUUUAUUGAUCACAUAUGUGGUGCACGAAACUCUUUAAGGCUUGCUGCCUCCACUAGAUUUUCUAUUCAUCGAGUCAUUAUUUAUAACAGAGAAGGAAGAUCUCACAAUUACCCAUUGACCACUGGCUCUAAUUUCAAAUUAUUAGGUGAUGCAAACGCUCUGAGGUAUUGCAUUCAACAACUCGCAGAGAAAUACACAAUUGGCAAAGUAUCAAAUUCUCAAUUCAUUGGUGAUCAAUUGAUUGGAGUUGGAUGGGGCUUUGGUGCUAAUUUACUAUUAAGCACCAUAUCUGGUCUUUCCAAAACAAAUUACUUCUCCAUGUGCAUUUCCAUUUCAAACCCAUAUGACAUCAAAAAUUGCAUGACAAAUCACAUGACAAUCUAUCACAACACAAUUCUGAAACAGCUCAAACAAAUUGUGAAAAACAAUUGGAGCAUCUUUCAACAGCUACCACAAGCAUCAACUUUGAAUCUCGACUUUUUAAUGUCUUCAAAGAAUUUCAUAGAUUUUGACACAAAUUUCACACUCAAAAUUAAUCCAGAAGUUCAAGAUAUUCAGAAUGAUUAUUACGAUGCCUCUAGUUGUUGCCAUCAUUUAAGUGAUGAUUUAUUAUGCCCAAUUCUUCUCGUAUCUGCAAGCGAUGAUCCUUCUUGUUCUGUGUCUGUGAUGAAUAAGAAGGUCACUCCUGCUUGUAUUUAUGGAAAACAUGAGAAUAUUCUUCUUGUAAAAACAUCAAAAGGUGGAAAUCGAGCUUUCUUCACUGGUUCUUUCUUACCGAAUGGAGUGGCAUUUGACGAGAAAGUUGUAUUUGAUUUUAUGGAAGCUGUAUUGGCAUUGAGUAACAAAUAG